GAGACACCUUCCCAAACAGCAGGGUCUGUGUGCUUUCACAUAGCAGUACUGUACAAGGAAAACCCCGUCGGAUCUGUUAUUGCGGGAUACUUGUGAAAUAUCCAUAGGAUUCUUUCUUAUGGCUGCAUCCCGGAUCUGUAAAUUUUACUUGGGGACCAAGAGGAUUUGAAAGCUACAUAUAUCCAGAAGAUUUGCACGCAAGACUCCAAUUCUUGUCAUAAAGCUUACAGACUUCCUCACUUAUCGGCCUUUCCCCUUCGUUCUUUUUUUUAAAAAAAAUAUUAUUUCUUCCGCUUUUUUUCUGCUCUCUUGUCUCUCAGUCUCUCUUUUUCUAUCUGCCUCUUCUUCUUUCCUCCCGGUGUUCGUUUUUCCCCCCUCUGCUCUGCACCUGGAUUGUAUCUUCACCAAACAAUCGGGCACUUUGAGAACUAACUGGAGACAGUCUUGUAGGGAAGAUCUGUAUGGAAUCAUCUGCUUUUAUGGUGAACCUGGCAUUUGUGAAUGGGUAUCUUGUCCAUGAUAUUAAUUGCUAGCCAAAACAAGAAAAAGAACACAGGAGUAAAACGUGGAUUUUUCUGAAUACGCAUUGUGAUGACCAGCAAUUACCUUAUCGACUGAUAUCCAGAGAAGAAUAAUUUGGAAGACUGUUGUGGGAACAGACUUUAAGCGCUGAAAGAUGAAAGCUCCGAUUCCACAUUUGAUUCUCUUGUAUGCUACUUUUACUCAGAGUUUGAAGGUUGUGACCAAGCGAGGUUCUGCGGAUGGAUGCACUGAUUGGUCCGUUGACAUCAAGAAAUAUCAAGUUCUUGUGGGGGAGCCUGUUCGAAUCAAAUGUGCACUGUUUUAUGGUUAUAUCAGAGCAAAUUACUCCCUGGCCCAAAGUGCUGGACUCAGUUUGAUGUGGUACAAAAGCUCUGGUCCAGGAGACUUUGAAGAACCAAUAGCUUUUGAUGGAAGUAGGAUGAGCAAAGAAGAAGACUCCAUUUGGUUCCGACCAACAUUGCUACAGGACAGUGGCCUUUAUGCCUGCGUAAUCAGGAACUCUACAUAUUGUAUGAAAGUAUCCAUCUCACUGACAGUGGGAGAAAAUGACACUGGACUCUGCUACAAUUCUAAGAUGAAGUAUUUUGAAAAAGCUGAACUUAGCAAAAGCAAGGAGAUUUCAUGCCGUGACAUAGAGGACUUUUUGCUACCAACCAAAGAACCUGAAAUCCUUUGGUAUAAGGAAUGUAGGACGAAAACAUGGAGGCCAAGCAUUGUAUUUAAAAGAGACACAUUGCUUAUAAGAGAAGUCCGAGAAGAUGACAUUGGAAAUUAUACAUGUGAAUUAAAAUAUGGAGGCUUUGUUGUAAGGAGAACUACUGAAUUAACUGUUACAGCCCCUCUGACUGAUAAGCCACCUAAGCUUUUGUAUCCUGUGGAAAGUAAGCUGACAAUUCAGGAGACUCAACUGGGUGAUUCAGCUAAUCUAACCUGCAAAGCUUUCUUUGGGUACAGUGGAGAUGUCAGUCCUUUAAUCUACUGGAUGAAAGGAGAGAAAUUUAUUGAAGAUCUGGAUGAAAAUCGAGUUUGGGAAAGUGACAUUAGAAUUCUUAAGGAACAUCUUGGAGAACAGGAAGUUUCUAUCUCAUUAAUUGUCGAUUCUGUGGAAGAAGGUGACUUGGGAAAUUACUCCUGCUAUGUUGAAAAUGGAAAUGGACGUCGACAUGCCAGUGUUCUACUUCAUAAACGAGAGCUAAUGUACACAGUUGAACUUGCUGGAGGGCUCGGUGCUAUUCUUUUGCUGCUUGUUUGUUUGGUGACCAUCUAUAAAUGUUACAAGAUAGAAAUCAUGUUGUUCUACAGAAAUCAUUUUGGAGCUGAGGAGCUAGAUGGAGACAAUAAAGAUUAUGAUGCCUAUUUGUCAUAUACUAAAGUGGAUCCUGACCAAUGGAAUCAAGAGACUGGGGAGGAAGAACGUUUUGCGCUGGAAAUCCUGCCUGAUAUGCUUGAAAAGCAUUAUGGAUAUAAGUUGUUUAUACCAGAUAGGGAUUUAAUCCCAACAGGAACAUACAUUGAAGAUGUGGCAAGAUGUGUAGAUCAAAGUAAGCGCCUGAUUAUUGUCAUGACCCCAAAUUAUGUAGUUCGAAGGGGAUGGAGCAUCUUUGAGCUGGAGACGAGACUUCGCAACAUGCUUGUAACUGGAGAAAUUAAAGUCAUUCUCAUCGAAUGCAGUGAACUGCGAGGAAUUAUGAACUACCAGGAGGUAGAGGCCCUCAAGCACACCAUUAAGCUCCUGACGGUUAUUAAAUGGCAUGGACCAAAAUGCAACAAGUUGAACUCUAAAUUCUGGAAACGUUUACAAUACGAAAUGCCUUUUAAGAGGAUAGAACCCAUUACACACGAGCAGGCUUUAGAUGUCAGUGAGCAGGGGCCUUUUGGAGAGCUGCAGACUGUCUCGGCCAUUUCCAUGGCCGCGGCUACCUCCACAGCUCUAGCCACUGCCCAUCCAGAUCUCCGUUCUACCUUUCACAACACUUACCAUUCACAAAUGCGUCAGAAACACUACUACCGAAGCUAUGAGUACGACGUACCUCCUACUGGCACCCUGCCUCUUACCUCCAUAGGAAAUCAGCAUACCUACUGUAACAUCCCUAUGACACUCAUCAACGGGCAGCGGCCACAGACAAAGUCGAGCAGGGAGCAGAAUCCAGACGAAGCCCACACAAACAGUGCCAUCCUGCCGCUGUUGCCAAGGGAGACCAGUAUAUCCAGUGUGAUUUGGUGACAGAAAAGCAAGGGACAUCCCAAGUCCCUGGGAGUUUGAGUGGAAUCUGCAGUCCAGUGCCUGGAACUAAAUCCUCGACUGCUGCUGUUAAAAACAUGCAUUACAAUCUCUAGAACACGAGGAAAAACAGGGUCUUGUACAUAUGUUUUUUGGAAUUUCUUUGUAGCAUCAGUAUCUUCCUGUUUUACCAUGUCUCUUACCAUUACAUUUUUUGACUUUGUUUUAUAUGUCAUUAGAAUUUGUAAAUUUACAUUUUUUUUAAGAAGAGACUGAUGUAUAGAUAGAAACCCCUUUUUUGCUUCAUUAGUUUAGUUUUAGAAUGGGUUUUUAAUUUCCUUUUUAAAUUUUAUUUUGCUUUUAACAUUUCCUUGGGGUGCUUGGACAAAUCUAUCCGAUGGGACAAGGAACACUGGAUCCUCUCUCGGGUUCUUGCCUAGGACAUCCGGGCCAUGUUGGCCUUCAGAGAGCAGUGUGACAAAUGCCAGCAUUGCCAUUUGGGAACAAGAGAACGAGAGAGAGAAAGAGAGAGAGAGAGAGAGAGAGAGAGUAACAUUUGUUCAUAGGAAGGCCCCUCAAGUCAAAGCCCUGAAUCUCUUCCUUGUCCCGCCUCAUUCCCCAUCUCUACCCUUCUAAAUGGCAGCAUGAUGUGUAAACUCUGCGGAGGGGUGGGGGUGGAUCUAACUGUCUUAACAUUUAAUUCACUGCUCUUCAGAUUACACUCUAGACCCAAAGGUGUGCUAGUCACGUGACAGUGACCACUGCAGAGUGCUAAGAAGAUCAAGGGCAUGAAAGAAAAUGGGGGAGAGUGUUGUUUCCGUUUUUUAAAUGAGUUGAUGUACCCUUAUAUAAAUAUAUAUAAAUAUAUAAAUAUAUAUGAAACAACAAAACAAAACAAAACAAAACAAAAAAACAAAAAAACCAUAAAAAAA